AUGGGCAGGGUUCAGGUGUGGCUGGUCGAGGCUCCGCUGCGAUGGGCCCGGCUCCCACGCGACGGCAGGAGGCUCAUCUCGUACGCGUCGAUCCUCGCGGCGCUCUCGGUGCUCGAGCUCGGCGCGGGAUUGGCGACGGCCGAUGGCGCCCUGGUGCGGGACGCCCUGCACGUGCUCGCGGGAUGCGCCGUGCUGAUGCUCAACCUCCGGGCGCUGGUCAUCGGGCACGAGCGCCCGCCUCGGCUCGAGUUGGUCGCCGCGUUCUCGGUGUCGUGCUUCCUGGCGUUCACCGUGCUGGCGCUGCUCGCGGAGGGGUACCGCGUGAAGGGCGAGUUGUUCAGCGAGUACAGACACCCCGCGUCGCUCAUGGCGCCGUCGUCGGUGCGCGUCGCCGUCGACGCGCUGGGCGCCGCGAUGUUCUUCACCAAGGGGGCCGAGUGGAUCGGCGAUUUCUCCAGCGCGCGGGAGAUGAACCUGCACGCGCUCUUCCUCUUCGCCCUCGCCGACGGAUUCCGAUCGGCGCGCGUUCCAAUCUCCCAGUGGGUGCACGACGUCAUGGGGGGCGAAUCUCAAAACACGGAGUGGGGCGAGGCGAUGUUCGCGGCGGGAUGCAUCGUCUACAACGCGCUGCCGCUGAUGCGGCGGACCUCCCGCGCGCUCUUCGGCGGCCCAAACGCCAGGGCGAGGAUCGAAUCGCUCGCCAGGUGCGAUAAGGAGCUCAAGAGGAUCCCCGGGGUUGCCGACGUCGUCGAGUCGAGGGCGUUCAAGGCGAAAGGUUCGGGGGAGCUCGUCGCGCACGUGACUUUGCGGGUGAGCGACGGCGUGGACGAUGCCGUGGUCGUCAAGGCGGCGAGGGGGGUGUACAACGCGACGAUGGGCGCGACCGGGGGGCACGUGGACUGCACGGUGUACCUCGAGAGGGAUACUCAUAGGGGACGGGAGGACCUGCCAAAGUGA